AUGUCACCACUGAAAAGGCUCUUCAGGCGCAAGAAAACUAAUAGUUCUCAAAGUCCACCGGAAACGAGAUCUCCCCUGGCUUCCGAGGCUGCAGAAUCGAAAAUAAAGGAUCCUCAGUCUGUGCCUUUGUCGGGCGCGAGAACGUAUUCCGAUUCGCUUUCUAACUCUAGGAAUCCUCGCAGGAGCAUGACUGCAGACCCCAAAAGGCUCUCCUCGCUGCCCACCACCUUUUUGAGACAAGGAAACAAUCCCACUCCUCGCUCGCUUUCGCUGGGAAACACAAUCACAGAUCCCUCAGAAAACAUAGCCAAACUUCCAGAAGAACUGGUGCCCGUGGUCACUCUUCUCCAUGCACAACAGGCUCGCUCGUACUGCGAGAUGAACGUCCGGGUUCCUGUCGAGGGCAAUCAAAUUUCGACCUCGGUUUCAAAAAUGUCGUGGGCAAAUGCAAGUGCAAAAUUGAGCGGAACAGAGCUGGCAAUCUGGGAAGUCGAUUCUAUUACGUCUCAGGAGCUUCGAAACGAUGACAACGGCGGAUUCAAGCCCGUCUACAUCAAUCUCUUAGACGCUCGGUACGUGUACUUCAGCGAGGGCGACAUACACGAACUAAAAAUUAUCUUAACAGAGUCCAAGACGUACCUGUUGAGAUUUGAAUCCAACAACGAACUCGACUACUUCUAUGCCGCGCUUCUGCUUGCCCAAUUCGAAAACAGACAGCUUCAAGAGAGCUUCACGGGUGCCCUCUUUUCAAGCAAAGCAAUCCAUUUUUCAGAUAUCCGUACACUACUUGCCCCUUCCAACAACAACCCAAAAGAAGAAUGGUGUGUUCUGCGGUUCCCAUUUCUAAAUGACAAGUGGAUCCGGUGCUACGUGGUAGUAACCCCUAACGUGGGUUCGAAGAAACCGGGCAAUGUGAAAGUAUACACCUCGACAUCCAAAAAUAAGAAGAGUUUGUUGGCCUCGAUCAAAAAUGCCCGGUCGUGCGUGGCAAUGUACCCGGAAAAUCCCGAAUUCAUCGACAAUAACUCGCUGAUCCGCCUGAACGGCCAAAUAUACAUCAACCAGCAGUUGCUCGACAAAGUGGUGUCUGGUGAGGUGGACACGUCCGCUCACAGCCACCUGAGAAGCAAAUCGGGUUCUGGAGUUGUCAGGAAGCUGUCGAGCUCCUCUCUGAUCUCCGCAAGAAAUAGAGACAUGCAGAAAUCACCUAAUCAUUCGCGUUCGGGCUCGCUUCAGAAGACCGGUCUCCACAAGAGAGUGAGCUCCACGCUCUCUACGGAUUCUGGCAAGAAGAAAAUCGACCUUAAGGAAGUGGACUUUGUGUACCUGAUCCCAGAGUCGCACUCUGGAGUCAAGCCCACGGAAAUCAUGAUUAGACUGCUGAUUCCGCUCAUGAACUCGUUCAGACUGUAUGGAAGACCUAACAAAUUCAUCUCCAACCGCGACAACCGGGACUCGUUGCUUUUUGGGCUGCCCCAGCUGCCUCACACCCAGUACCUGGACAACGAGCUCGCAUACCAGCUGGUUUCCCUCAACAUCGCCAAUUCGCUGGCCGAAGAAUGGAGUGGUUGGGACUGGAUGCAAGUGUUCAAGGAGAUGGUGUUCCAUAAGAUGUCUACGGGAUGGCAAGGCUCUGGCUCGCUUAUCGAAACAUUCAAGGACGGAAUGGUCUACAGCAAGGCGAAAUUGGAGGAGUACGAGAACUUCGACGAAAUGUUAGACGAUCCUAUCGAAGACUUUGUGGAUUUGGCAGACUCCAAGUCCGACUCUCUGGAACUGAUCCCGCCUCCAAGCUCGGCAAGCCCCCUUGUAAAUCAACACGGCACCCCCCAGAGCAACUAUUACAACGCUGUCGAGAGUCCGAACUUGGAGGAGAGCCCGAACCUGGACUCCUACGACCGCGUGGCUCCCCCCACCGUACCGGCCUGA